AUGAUUUGGGCAAAUACGAAAUACAUUGGCUGUGGAGCUACUUAUUAUGAAGAUAGUUUUAAACUGCCAUAUCAGAUAUUGUUGGUGUGCAACUAUCGACCAGCUGGCAACAUCGUAGGCGUACAACCGUACGAGAAGUUUGAAGGUACAAGAUGCAGCAGCGGUGUUCAAUCUACCGUAUACCCCAGCUUAUGCGCCCAGGAUGCGAAGCAGGCCGCUGGAAACUAUACUGUUUACUGUGAAACCUUUAGUAGCCAGAGCUUUAGGCUACAUCCUGCAGCAAUAUUAUUAUUUAUUCUCUUGCUAACACCAUUAUAA